AUGGGGAUGCGAUUCGGCACCUUGGUACCUUUCAUACUGUGGAUGUUUCCGGUACUCGAUCUCGUAACCUCGAUUCCCAUCACGGACGGGUUUCCACGAUUUGAAUAUUUUAAACGCGAGAACGGAUAUUAUGCCGAUACAUCUCAUCAACAACAUUCUUCUUCUCGAGUCCGUGCCACCCGAUCUGGGACUGCCAGGACGGAUUUCGGGUACCAGUCUCUCGAAUCACACAGUUUGGAGCAAGAAAAAAACGUCAUAACGGAACUGUUACGUUUUGUGGAGGCCAUAGAUUCCGGCGAACGGACAUGCCGCGCCAAGGAACGAAUUAUCACUUUGGAUGAAUUUAAUUUCCCUUUUUCCUCCUACGAUUAUUUUUAUGAGCCUUUCGAAAAACAGGUGAAGAAAACUCUACUUUUAGCCAACACUCUGAACACAUUAUUUCUGUACAAAGACAAAGGGCGGGUUCUUUACGACGACGUAUUUUAUUUUGCCUUAUCACAAUCGUAUGUCGAAAAUGAUCCCAAAGUGGUCGGGUGUGGGAUCGCUUUCGCCGAGAACCAAUAUCCGUUAAGGAAAUCUUCAAAAUUUUGGCCUUACGCCUAUCGAGGCGCGAACAAACCAGAAACAUUAGUUGUAUCGGAUCUGUCGAAUUCUUAUAAUUAUACCUUCGUUAACUGGUUCCUCGUUCACGCCGACAAACCCACCGUUAAAUUACAUACCGACAAAUCUAUGCUAUUCACUAAUCAAUCCAAUAGGGAUAUUGGGCUGGUUGAGAAUUAUGUAUUCCGCCGUAACAAGACCAUCACUGUGACUUAUGAAGAUGGAUUUUGGGGAAACCCCUUUUAUGACUGUCUCCUGAAAAAGUGGGUUGUGUCCUUCUCCCUACCCUUUUACCAAAUUAAAGAAAACAGAGAUAAGCCUAUCUUCAAGCAAAAUCACAAAAGAAAAACCAAAUCCAAAAAACAUACAAUAUUAGAUCAUAAUAAAUGA